AUGUUGGGAUGCUAAUCCAAAAAAUAGACCUGAUGCUAAUGAAAUAGGAAAAUUCUUUGAAAAAUAUCAUUAUAAUCCUUCUAGAAAAGAGGAGGAGAGUAUUGAAUUAGCAGAAGAUAAAUUAUUAGAAAUUAUUAUUGCAGAAUAUUAUUUGUCAGAUGAAAAGGACUACAAACAUCAUUCAGAAUCAGUCUAUACAAGUCGUUCACUAAAUGAGUUAAUUCAACAAACUAAAUCAUCAAAUUUUUUGUCAAUGGAACCAGUUUAG